AUUCGACGAACGAGUUAAUGUGCAUUGAUUAAUUCCCGGGUUUAUGUCAAAUAUAUUAUAUCUGACAUGUAUUCAUGUUUGCUCUGACGGCCGGUGAGUGAUUAGCUACGUACAUGUAAUUAACCACAUUGUAGACGUGAGUCAGGCCUGGUUGUAUAUUACAGAGUAGAAGGAGUGUUGGUGAUGAAAUAACAAUCAGACAUGAUAUCGGUGGUGAUGAUGAUUUUGAUACCUCUGGUGAUUUCUCAAGCGUCCGAUCCAGAGUUUUGUAAAGCUUCAAAGUCUACAAGGACCGAGGUCGCCAGGUGUCCAACUAGUGAAUCUACAUGGAAAGAAGCGGCAAGGAACAAGAACUGUCGGUCUUAUAGCCAUGACUGCCAAGGAAAACUGAAGUAUCACUGUGUAAUUAAUCCGUGGCAGAAUACAACGUUGGAAGUAUGUGCACCAGAAACUGUAAUUAAACACGGUCACUGUGCUGAGUAUAAUCUACGCGGUGGAAAAAUACAGGAGUUCUAUGUCAAGUCAUGCAAAAAGUGUGUCAGAGAUUAUGUGUCGACAGAGGCUUAUAAAUACCAAGAGUGUUACGAAAAGGUUUACAAAGACCGUGAAAGAAAAGGCAUCGAAUUGUCCAACAGAUCACCAGAGUCUAUCUUCAGAACAACGCAAAAUGACACGACAGGGGCGCCUGGACAAUUUGACACAAACAGUGGUCAAUUUAGUCAAGAUAAUUACGUGUAUUUCAGAAUUGUGGUCGUUCUGUGCUGUUCAUUCUUGCUGACUUUGGUUUGAAUAAUCUAACCAUUGCUUAAAAAACCUGUGUUUAUCAACUAGCUUCGCGCACAGCUACCACAAUUUCCUGGGAAAUGUGGUUUUCACGUCAAGCAUGUCUAUGCACUGUAUAUCAAAGAGCUCUGACCGUAUUAUAGUAAAGAGAGAACUCAUUUCCAUCAACCUUUCAAACAUUCGGUCAUCUUGUACUGGAAAAGUUGUGAUGAUUUGAGAUAUUUGAAGUUACAUGAAAAGAUUUACAAAAUACCCAGAAACAUGGUAAGUAUGUUGGCCCCUGAUGAUGUGAUGGGUCAUCCGUUCUGCAAUGAAUGCCACUCUGCAUUUUAAAUUGUACUUGGACCGAGUAUCCCGCAUACACAAUAUGCGUACAUGUAUUUAGAUAUUCUAUACAAUCACAGGAAAUAUUCUUUGAAUCAGUAUCGAUACACUGUCGGACAAUGUUUUUGUUACUCUUAAAGCCAUUGUUUGAUGAUUCGCACAUUUACCUCAUGACUUGUUACUCUUAAAGCCAGUGUUUGAGGAUUCGUACAUUUACCUCAUGACUUGUUACUCUUAAAACCAGUGUUUGAGGAUUCGCACAUUUACCUCAUGAUUUGUUACUCUUAAAGCCAGUGUUUGAGGAUUCGCACAUUUACCUCAUGAUUUGUUACUCUUAAAGCCAGUGUUUGAGGAUUCGCACAUUUACCUCAUGAUUUGUUACUCUUAAAGCCAGUGUUUGAGGAUUCGCACAUUUACCUCAUGAUUUGAUGUGUGAAUUAAGAAGACUCAUUCUUUCACUGUGAUUCGUAUUAUUUUGAAAAUCUGUAUGAUUUUAUGACCCCUAGUAAUAGAGCAAAUAUAAACUUAAGAGUGAUAUAUGUCUAGAUAUAGAUUGCACACUUCUUUGUAUGUUAUGAACAGUAUUGCUGAAAUUUUCAUUCACAUAGUGUUAAUACCCAGGAUGAUUCUUGUUAUACAAUGUAAUUACAAAUUAGAUGAUGUGCAAGAACGUGCAUGUAUUUAGUUCUGUUAUGAGAUAUGUUGGUCGUAGGUUUACAUUACAUUACUCUCUCUCUCUCUCUCUCUCUCUCUCUCUCUCUCUCUCUCUCGCUUGUUUACAGUUGUAGUAUUUAACGCUAUGAAAUGGGGACUUUAGAACUUGAAUUAUACAUGCAAGGGACUAUGGUUUGGUUGGAAUCAAGGGCAGUAUAAAAUAUAAUGUGAUGCCAUCAGUUGAAAAUGUUUAAAAGAACUUCAUUUUGUCUUUAUUAGAACAAUAUGAAGGCAACAAAGAUUCUAAAAUCUAUGAACAAAAGUAAUUACAGAGCAAGGGCAGAUCUAUAGGGGGGUCCGGACACCACCCCCUUUUUUUCCGCGGACCAAAAAGUUUAAGAAUUAUUCAAUUUUAACGAGUCUUUAAUUUUAGUCAAAAUGAUAUGAAUGGUGAAAACUUACAUCGAUCAAAUUUAUCAACACUAGUACAUCAUUUAAUUCUACGAUAAAUAAUCUUGACCACUGAUAUAUAUUUUCGUCACUUAAGAAUGGUGCAAAAAUCCUGCAUUCUGAGCAUUUCCUGGCACUUUUUUUUCACUUUCAAAUUGUUUACUUCUUAGACAAAACUUUUAUAUUACAUAUACUAUUUAUGAAUCCUGGAUCCGCCUAUGCAAAGUAUAAAGAAUUAAUGAUAUUUUAAACUUGCCACCCCUCUUAUUAAGGUAAUUUGAGCUGUUCUACCCUAAUCUUUAUUUUAAAUGAUAUUAACUAGGAAAGCCUUUUUACCUAUCUGGUAUUGUAUUGUACCCGCCCCAAAAUAUGCAUGAAUUGUACAUUACGCCUUUCUUUCGUAUUAUCAUGCCACUAAAAUAUCCCUGAUUGAGCGAUCCGAAUAGGCUUGUAUUUCCACGCAUCUAAUAGAGAUGAAAAGAAUCCACCCUUAAGCCUGCGAGUCUUUAUUGCACAUGUUCUAUUUUUGAAAUCUAUUUGUUAUUGUGUAGAAGUCCGUAACUCUCUUUUAAAGACAUUUACAAUUUAAUGUGCGCUUGCAUUAGUUAAGAGCGAGUCAGACAGACUUUAUAUGCAUUUUGAAGAAAGUUCUAGUAACUUGAGUGAUUUUUCGUAAUUUGAAAAUAAAUUUGAUGAUGAGA